UAGAAGCGGCGCGGUGACGUCACCGCUCCCACACCGAGAGCUCGCGGACGCGUUGUGGAGUGCGCACACUGCCAUGAACUUCGGAGCGUAACUUCGCCGUUUUUCUCGGUGGGAAACUACAACGAGAUUUAUCUUUUUUUCUCCCCCUCAUCAGAACGCGCAACAUUCGGAGAAUCUAGUUGCAUAUUUUGUCCCUCCGUUUCCAGCAGCAUGUCGUCCGCGGCGGUCGCUGCCUCGCGCAGGCAGUCGUGUUAUUUGUGCGAUCUGCCCCGCAUGCCGUGGGCGAUGAUCUGGGAUUUUACCGAGCCCGUUUGCCGCGGAUGCGUCAACUACGAAGGAGCGGACCGCGUCGAGUUUGUGAUCGAAACCGCGCGGCAGCUGAAACGCGCGCACGGAUUCCAGGAGGGCAGAUCACCGGGAACGCUGGGCAAACCGGGGAAGGACAUGCAGAACAUGAACCACACGGAACCGGGCUCGCGUGCUCCGCAGCCGCUGGAUCGCUACCCGCUCGCGUCGGAAAGACCCCCCAGACUGGGUCUGGAGUACCAGGGGGGGCGACAAGCGAACGGGAUCCCGGUGCCGAACGGGUUUCCAAAGCCCGACGAGCCUCCGGAGCUGAACCGCCAGAGCCCGAACCCGCGUCGGACCGGCGCCGUGCCUCCUAACCUGCUUCCGCUGGUCAACGGGGCCAUGCAUGCGCUCAACGGGAGAUCCGUGCAGAUGGGGAUCCCCCCGGUUGCGUUAAUGGCGGAGCAUGUGGGCAAACGCGCGGAAGACAUGAAGGACAAACACCGCGCCGACAGCAUGAGCGACGCGAGCGACGGACACAAGGACUGGACGCAGAAGGGCAAGACGGUGCGGGAGCUGAUGACGCUGCAGAGCCUCGACUCCCGGUUCAAGAAGGAGCACGCGCCGCUGGCGCACAGGAUGGCAUACGAGAGCAGCUCCAGUGCCUUAAAAACAGAUCGCGGUAAGCACUCUCGAGGCCUUAAAAGGAAACCCUCUCCCGAGCCGGACGGGGAAAGCAGCGCCGCCAAGCUAAACGGCGAGAAUCAGCCGUGGUUGCCGUCUCCGUCCGAGGUGCUCAAGAUGCCCUUGGGAUUCGCCGCCGCUCCUCCCUCCACGAUCUCCCCGCAUUCGCGCACUACACCGCCAGAGGCGUCCACUGCCGCGCAAAACGGCCAGUCGCCGAUGGCCGCGCUAAUUAUGGCCGCGGACAACGCUGGAACCGGCUCGCCUAAAGACACCGGAAACCAGGUGCACUCCACGACCGCGGGACGCCGGAACAGCGGAAGCCCACAGUCGCCCUCGGCUGGACAAAGGCGGCUCACGCUGGGAACGUCGGCGACCGUGCACAUCCCAGGCAUGGACCCGCAGGCCGGGCAUCCGCAGAGCAUUCCCGAUUCCUCUGUGCCGCCCGGAAGCGUGCCGUUGUGCUGCACCCUGUGCCACGAGCGCCUCGAGGACACACAUUUCGUCCAGUGCCCAUCGGUGCCGUCGCACAAGUUCUGUUUCCCAUGUUCCCGCGAGAGCAUCAAACAGCAGGGGGCGAUGGGAGAGGUUUACUGCCCGAGUGGCGAGAAAUGCCCGCUUGUCGGAUCCAACGUACCCUGGGCGUUCAUGCAGGGCGAAAUAGCCACCAUAUUGGCUGGGGACGUAAAGGUUAAAAAGGAGCGGGACCCUUGAUUUUUCUUUUUUUUUUGGCGCAUAAUAU